AUGUCGAUGGCACGGAGGAGGCAGCUCCUUCUCGUCGUGCUAUUCUCAGUCUUCCUCUUGCAGCUCUUGCAUUUGGCCGAAUCCAAUCACAAGCACGGCCACGGUCGAAGAGGAUGUGGGAAGACAUGCAAAUCCACGGCCAGCUGCAAGAAGGGGCUCGUGUGCUUACAAGGUGAAUGCAAGGAUGAUCCAGACAAGGAGACCACCAUCUGCAAGCCACUCGAGCCAGCUCCUGGCCAAGGGCAGUGCCGAGCCUCGGGAUUCCUCCAUGCUCCAAAGAGCUCCAAGGGAUGCAAGGAUUGCUGCCAGGUCGGGAAAUCCUACCCGCAGUUCAAGUGCUCGCCUCCGGUGACAAAGUUCACGAAGGCGAUUCUCACCGUGAACGAUUUCCAGCCGGGAGGGGACGGCGGCGGCGCCUCCGAGUGUGAUUCCAAGUUCCACUCCAACAACGACUUGGUGGUGGCGCUCUCCACCGGAUGGUUUGCCAAAGGGAAGCGUUGUGGGCGAUUUGUGAUCAUCCAUGCGCCCAGCGGCAAGAGCGUCCGGGCGAGAGUGGUGGACGAGUGUGACUCUCUUCGUGGCUGCGACGCCGAGCAUGGAUUCUAUCCGCCAUGCCAGCCCAAUCUGGUGGAUGCAUCGCCCUCAGUUUGGCGCGCGCUGGGGGUCUCGAAAAAUAGCGAUAAGUUUGGCUGGAUGGACAUUACUUGGUCGGAUGCGCAGGGCGCCUCGGAUUAA